CAUCUUCAAAACAAUCUGCCAUUCAUUUGAGUUCACCGAAACAUUUUCUCUCUUUUUGAAUGAACUGCGGGGAAAUCAAGCCUCUGUGUGGCUCCUGUCCCUCAUGGAAGUGAAGAAGGAUUAUGUAGGAUAUGUAUGAGGCAUGGCAUCUCAAGUUGCCAAGAACAAAGAAAUGUACAUCACGAGAAAGUGUCAUUAGUAAAUCACUGGGAUGGAAAAAGUCUUCAGAGAUAUUCAGCCGUUAUACAGAUUAGGGAGGAAUUUGAUCAAAGUAGAUUGUGUCAAGAGAUAAGGACAAGACAAUGGCCUAUAGGAAUACUUUUUGAAGAAGAAAAAAUUACAAAGACAGAAAAGACAAGAAAAAAAAAUAUAUAUAUUUCCACACAAAUAUAUAUGUACAUAUAUUAAAGUUUCCCUGACUUAAAACCCCGACCACCAUCAUGGCUUCUUCGAGUGACGUUGAGAGCGGACAGCCUUGUCUUCCGCCAAACCCCCCCCCUCGCCCAAGAGCCUGCCUCCACCAUCAGCACCACCAACACCACCACCAUCACCACAGCCACGACUGCGAGGAGGAAAUGACCCCAAAGCAGAAGGCAGACUUUGCUGUGAUAAAAUUCGUAGCAGGCCUUGUGCUCAUAGUGAUGCGGAAGUUUUGGUUCACUUCAGCUGCGGUGAUGCUGGGUAUCUUCGUCCUGUUCUGGCUGUACGGAGGGUGUCUUGCCUUGCUCCUCACACUGAUUGCAUUCUCAGGGAUUGUAUACCAGAUCAGUGAUCAGCUGGUGUACUGGCCCAACUUUCCCCCCGAUUCACGUGUGCUGGUCCAGCCCCCCUCAUCCAUGGGCCUUCCUGCGGAAAAUUUGUAUCUGUAUGCACGCGAUGGGACCAAACUACAUGCAGUAUUUGUCAAGCAAGCUUCUGGUGCUGUGAAGUCUGCGCCAACGUUUAUUUAUUUCCAUGGCAAUGCCGGAAACCUAGGGCACAGGUUAAGCAACGUGUACGAAAUGUACCGAUGGCUGCACGUGAACCUUCUCCUGUUAGAGUACCGAGGCUACGGCCUGAGCGAAGGAUCACCAUCUGAAGAGGGCCUGUACCUCGAUGCACAGGCAGCUAUUAACUACCUCAAAACCAGAUCUGAUAUAGACCAGAACAAGAUUAUAAUAUUUGGUAGAUCCUUAGGUGGUGCUGUAGCUGUAGAUUGUGUUAGUAGGUCAGAGAUCAGCAGUCGUGUUGCGGCCAUGAUCCUAGAGAACACCUUCACUUCCAUCCCGGACAUGGCCAAGGUCCUCUUCUCUAACGUUAAGUUCCUGGCGAAGUUGCCUGAGUGGUGUCACAAGAAUAAGUACCUGUCAAAAUACAAGAUGUGUAGAGUGGUUGUGCCAACGUUAUUCCUCUCAGGCCAGGCAGACUCACUGGUACCUCCACGCAUGAUGAUGGAGUUGUACCAUUGUUGUGCAUCACCGGCCAAACGUCUCAUGCAGUUCACACAGGGCUCGCAUAAUGAAACCUGGAAGUGUCCUGGGUAUUACCAGGUGUUACUUCAUUUCCUUGAUGAGCUAUUUCAGAGGACCACUCAGCCUCCUGUUCUCCUGCCCGGUGUUGUGUGUUUCUCAGAACCUCAGAUUCUCUAGCAUCCUUCAGGCCCCUUUAUCAUCAUGUUGGUCACAUAAGCUCUCAUAAACAUUACCCUCAUUGGUUGCAUGAUUCAUCUUCGCUAGAAUGAAGCAGGGAAGAAGGUUUCAUUUAUGGAGGUUUUUAUGUUAAAUACUAGAAAUGGGAAAUGGGACAAAGAGAUGUGUAUGUGCAGUGUGUAGACAGUGGUUCUUAGCCCGGUGAUUAAGCUGUGGAUAUAAACUAUAAAAACGAUUAUAAAAUGUUUAUUUCUCUGUGUUUGUACUGACUCUUAUGCAGUGUUGACAUGCAACAGAAGUUAUCCUUUACUUCAUUGAGAUUGUAAAUGAAAAGAAUUUUAUCCCUUAUGGCAAAGUUUACAAUAAGACUGAAAAAAAGGACUUUAUUUUAGAUGCUGUAACAAAGGAAGAGCAACUUUGUUUUAUCAUAGGCUUUUCCUUUUUCUUUUCCUUUAUUUAUUUGCUCAUUUCUUUAUUUUCAUAAAUAUAGAUAUAUGUUUAUGUUUGGGAUUUUUUUUCCUUCAAAUUUUAGCAAGAAUGAUCACACAAUUUUAUGCAAAGAUAUCAUGCCUUGGAAACACAUACAAGAAGAAUGAAUUAUUGGUAUUUUACUGGAAAUUGAUUCCAUUUUACUCUACGGACUUGAUAUUGUAUUUGUAUUAUCAAAAGAGAAGAAAAUUUGUGGUGUUAACAGUUAUAUAUGACUUUCUAAAAAUCACCUCUCUUCUGUACACUGUAUAUUGUGGGUAUGGUGUAUUUACAAUGUACAAUUUUUUCAACUCUAAUUAUUGUUAUUUAUUGAAUGUCAAUGAGAAAUUUGUGAUUCUGAACUGAAAAUAUAUAUAAGCUGUAACUAGGUAAACAAUAAUUUAUAGAAAAGGUUGGUAGAAGAAAAACAAGAGUAAAAAAAACACCUGUUAACCUCUUCAGAGUGAAGUUGACAAUAAGUGUGAGACAUUACAGUUAUUUCCAUUUAUGUAUUUGCAGCAUUAUUGACUUGUGUUCUUGUAUGUGUGCAAUUUAGUAAGUUGUUGAAUAUGAAUGUACAAUUAGUGAUUUAUAGGAUUAGGAAUUGGAAUACAUUUGAUUAUGAGUGGGAAUUUUUUUUCACAGCAUGAAAUAGUUAUUACUGGUCUAAUCAUCAUAUUGAAUUCAUAUAAGACCAAAAAUUAUGUUAAAUGGGUGUUUCUUGUUUUUAUUUUUACAGUGGGUUGUAUCCUGUUAUCCAUAAUAAUGGAAUACAUACACAUAUUUUCUCUUUCAUUUUAGAGAGAGAGAGAGAGAGAGUGGAUAGGUAAGAAAAAGCAAGCUGCAUUAUAUACCAGUACACUUUUUUCUCCUUUUUUUUUUCUCCCUUUUAAGGAGUGAAACCACACACAGAAUCUAGUAUAAUUUCAUAAAAGAUCAGUGUCAGAUUGUCCUGAAAAAAAAUAAUGAAUAAGUAUAUUUUUAACUUAAUAACUCUAUAUUCAUUCAGUAAACCAUUGAUAACUUAUACUUUCACUUCACUGGGCUUGGAGGUCGUAGGGUUUCUUCUUCAGUAUCCUUUAUGGUUAAAUGAUGAGCUAAGUGCCUAUCAGUACUAGUGCAUUUUCUACCUGUGUUAGUUGCCAUCAUGCCUCUAAAACCUGACUCCUUCACGAAGCUCCUGUGGUUCGGGUGCACAAACUAUUGAUUUUUUUUUUAUUCAGAUACAGUCCAUCUGGAUUGCUGCUACACAGACCUACAGAUAUUUGUGUAUUGGAGUUUGUUGUUAGCCAUGUUAAGAAUUUUAGACUAUAUAUAGAAAACCAUAGAUGCCACAAAAUUUUAAAACUGUACUAAGGCAGCUAUGAAUGGAAAGAAAAAUAAUUACUGGAAAGAACCAAUUAUUCUUUUUUGUAUCUGCUCAAAAUUUUCAACUACUUUUUUAGUUCAUGAAGCCAACAGUCAUUUUUUUAUGGCCUGCUAAUAAAGAAAUGAGAGGAAAAUACCAGUUUCACAUUAAUUUUGUCUUAUUUGCCAAGUUGUUUAGUUUGGUACUCUGUACAAAGCAGGUCUUUAGUUUUCUUGAAAAAAUCUUUGUUCAUUAUUGCUGAUGGUGUUGAAACCAGAAAGAAAUGCACUGAAUAUGUACUAUGCAAGCAGCAUACUAUAUCAUGGACAGAGGUUGGAUAGAGAACACAGGGAAAAUGUUCUAGAGUGAUAAGCACUUUCCUAUAAAGCAGGGAUAGGAAAUUACUCCAGUAUAUCAGGAAUAGGUAAUGAGGAUGUGCAGACCAAAAUAAAGAGUAGAAGUUAUGGUUUAGUUUGUACAAUUUUAUCAGAGGACUUGGGCUUCACUGACUCUGAUGUGCCUGUUAGUGCUAAAUGAUGCAUUGUAUGCACUGAGGUUUUAAAAGAAUGUUACCAUGUAUAUUCCAUUGCACUUGUUCCCCAGCUAAUAGAAGUCAGCUAGAGUUCAUGAGCUGUUGUGAGAUAUAUGUAUGAAUGAAGACACAUAAAAGAAAGGAAAGGAAGAUAGAGAUCAUAAAUAGAAACAUUGUUCAUCGUGUAUCUAAUGUCUAGGGCCUGAUACUCUCACACAUGCCAAAUAACUAAUGUACCUUGAGUAGCUCCGUCCUAGUGUUAAUAGCUGAUACAGUAUAGUAACACCCUCUGAU